UUUGUUUUUUGAAGAUACCACACUCAGUAAAUAGCGGCGGCAUUCCUCGGUAUUCCAGAGAAAAGAAGAAUUAAUUGCCACUCAAAAAGCCUAAAGAUCAAGAAUGUAGCUUGUUGCAUUUCUCCAGCUUUUAACAUUGGCCCAGGCUUGGGCUCAUCCUUCAAUAUUCAGAUUUGAACAAGUUUACCUGAAAAAGCAAGUAGACAGUUAGCCAUCAUGUCGCAGACAUUUCGAGAGAAGAUUGAAAAACGUCGGCGUGACAUGAGGGAGAACACCAUGGCCGACUCCACCCUGCUAGCUGAUACCAGCUCCGCCACACCAGGGAGGGGCAGCAGACAUGAUGAGGAUAUCUCUGCUGCUGAUGGUGGUGUGGAUGAUGUCGAAGAAAUGGCAGCUGAUCCCAUUGAAGAGAUACAGCAGGCAGAGUCCCUCAUGGAAAAGCUCACACUAGACAGAGAAUCAAAGAAGAAAGAGCUGUUUCAAUCCCUGGAGCCCGCUGACGAGGAGCAGGAGAAGAAAAAGCCCAAACCCAAGAGAAGAACCCCUGCAGAGAUUCCCACCAUCCAAGAGACGGGAGAGGAGGAGGAUGAAGAACCAGAUGAAGAUACAAAGCCAAAGAAAAAGGAGAAAAGAAAAAGAAACAAAGCAGAUAUGGCAGCAGCUGUACUAGGAUCCAAGACCAGUGUGGAAACUGGUAAAGCGCCCUCCACGAUGAAUGCCACCAUCAGAGACAGGAUUAGGAAGAAGAUGGCAGAAGCAAAGGAGAAAGCUGAAGAAUCAAUGAAGGUUGAAGUUGCUAAUGACCCUAACAAAGACCUUCCAGCCAGGAGGCUCAGAGGCCUCAGAGCCAGGGACAAGGCUACAAGAUUCGACGAACCCUCACUGCUUACCAAAGAGGAGAUCGAGGAAGAUAAGAUGCUGAAUGAAUCCAUAAUCGCCAAGGAGAAAUGGAGAGAAGCAUUCAAGCAGGUCAAAGCCAAGCAAUCGGCUCUCCCAACUGAAGAAGAAGCCUUCAACUUCUUCACCCGCAACUUCGAUCCGGAACCAGAAACGGCCGAGAUCAAAACAGAACCCUCAUCCGAUGACCAGCCAGGACCCAGCACUUCGAAGGGGGUUUCAAAGAAACCGAGGGGCGAGGUCAUAGAGGAGGAGGGGGAGGGGGAGGGGAAGGAGAGCACACCCUUGCUGUCAGAGGUAUUCGUUGAUGGAGAUAUGUGGAAGUUGCAACCGACGCAGCUGGUUCCUGCCGAGUAUGUACCUCUGGGGGUGAGGGAGAAGAAGGAGGAAGGUUACUUCUUUGUUCCGAGCAUCAAAACAGUGCCAUCUGAUCAGAAGGUCCCAGAGAACACUCAGCCAAGGUACUUAGAGGAUGAAGGUUUCUAUGUGGGUGUAAGGCCUGAUGUCUCUCAAAGGAACCAGAACAUCAUGGAGCAUCGUCUCCUGCAGAGAUCUGACAAGGGUAAAGGUUGGUUUGGUGAGGAUGGGCGUAUCGUGGCCCUACCAGACCCCGUGAAGGACACCCCUACCAGACCAAGGGUUAUACCAAACGAGGAGAGAGAUGCAGAACUACAGACUGUCUUUAGAAAGGCCAUGAUUUCGGACAUCACCAGCCAGGGAUUGGACUUCCAUUCCGGUGUCAGUGACGGUCAGUAUCAGAUCGACAUCGAUAUAAACACCCUGGUCUUCACCCACCAUCCGUACUUCAGUAAGGAGCAUGUCCUGGAGUCCAAGCUUCGGCAGCAGUACGAUCAGUACCUCAGGCGGAAACAGAAAGAUAUGGCUCAGUAUCUCACUGAUAAGCUUCAGGCACUGAAGUCAGCAGUGAGCAGCCUCCAAGAACAACUGAGCUCAGUGAACAUGCAAGAGACCAUUCAGAUGGACACAAUGCAAAAGGUCAAAGAUUAUAAGGUGGAAAUCAGACAAACAAGAAGGUUGAGGGAUUACGAGCUACAGCACGACCGACAGCUGACGAAAGGAAUGCUAAAAACAUGGAGAGAUAUCAAGAAGCUCAGAGAGAAGGAUAACUGUAUCAAUACUGCAGUUAAACUUAGCAUCAGAAAAGAAGAAGCAAACGCACAUGAAGACGAGGCUGUUUGGAAGCGUGAGAUCGAGGACGAGAUCGAGGAGAUGAGGCAGAAUCAUGAUGAUGAUUACCAGAUGCAGAUGGACAGGUACCGAGCUGCUCUCCAGGAGUGGAAGGACGGCAACAAAGCAAAGAAAAAGGGAAAGAAGAAAAAGAAGAAGAGCGGCUCUCAGGAGAAUCUGACAGAGACGGGAGAGGAAGAUGAAGGUGAAGGGUCAGAGGUCGAGAAACCAAAGCCGAUCAAACCGUCAGCGAAGUUUGAUGAGGAAGAGGCGAGGGAGCGUAUCAGAGAGAAGAUAGCACUAAUUAGACGUAAACCAGGAGAAACCAUCCUUCACCUUGAGCUGAGCAACACGGCUGUCAUCACUCCCACACCAGACUGCAGUAGACAAGAACAGCAGAGACGCAACGAGAUGCAGAGAUACCGCUGCUUCAUCAAAGUCCUCAUCAACGAGAAAGAAGUCUCCAGAACUGCUACAAAAUCUAUGACUUCGGAUUUCACCAUGCACUUUGGUAACAUCUUCAAUGUUCAGAUUGUACACUGGCCUGAGAGUAUCGUGAUUCAGUUGUUUGAGACUGGAGUUCUGAGUAGCAACCAUCUUGCAAACGUCUAUCUGAACGCCCCCAGCACACAGAUGACCUCUGAUAAAGUUCAUGUUGACCAGUUUGAGUUCAGUAGUGACCAGAAAGUGGAAUUUGACCACAGUGCAGUGGGCAGUGGGAUCACAUUCUCUAUCGGUGAUGAAGAUGGUGCACAGAGUUUAAACCUGUUGACAUCAGGUAGCUUGUAUGCCAGCGUAGCUUGGGGUUUAGCCGACGAUGGCUUGCCCCUCAUACCGCCAGCCAUACCGUCAAACACCUAUGCCCUGAGCUCCAUGAAGGGGGUGGAUGCCUUGGCGGCCAUCGGUGCGACCGGUAUCAUCGAUGAUAAGAAGCUGGCUAAGUGGCUGAUGGAAGCGAGACUAGACCCCAACGAUCCUGCCAACUCCUUCCUGCUACAGAUGAUCAAGAAUGACCGGAACAAGAUUGAGACGAAGGACUACUUCCGGCUGGAGCAGCUCCAGCAGGAGUUUGACUUUGUGACGGACGAGGAGCUGGAGACCAACCGUAGGUUCAAGCUCCUCCAGCUUCGAGAGAAGGAGGUGGAGGAGUUCAGAAACUACAAGAUGGUGCCUGCCAUCGAGAAGGAGAUUGCCGAGACCUUCUUUGAGGAGUAUGAAAUGAAGCUGAAGAAAGAGGAGGAUGGGUUGGUUGAUGAAGACAUGGAUGCAAGGAGAGCUCAGGUCGCAAAGUUCAUAGCACAGAUUCGUAAGCGAGUGAUUCAGAGGUACCGAGCUGCUCAGCAUCGUUACACACUCCAGGACAUUGUCAAUGAAAGCUUGGUACCUGAUGUGAGUCUACUUGGAGACACCUUAGCGAAGCUGGUAGAGCCACGUCGCCCUCUCAAGCCUCAGCGUAAAGAGCGUAAGACUGUCACUGCGCAAAACCUCACCGCCCAGUCGGUCAAUCUCCUCAUCAACAUUGAAAGAGCGUUUGAAAUCCCAACAAGGAAACCAGAUCCUAAGCAGUCUGGUCAACAUGCAGAGGUGCGUCCAUUCGUUGAGGUUGUAUUCCAACAGACGACUAAACAGACGUGUGUCGCUGAGGGCGCCAAUCCAAACUGGAACGAGGAACUAGCUCUGCCAUUCAAGGCUCCCAAUAAUGACUACUCCGCCAGCAAUCUGCAAACGGUUAAAGAUGAGAUCUACAUGAACCUGUUUGAUGAGACGGUGAUUGAUCUGCUCCAAGACGACCGUGACAGGACGACCAACAUCCACCAGAGGCUGGAGAAGAGAUGGCUGGGAAGUCUCAGUAUACCCUUCUCAACGAUCUACUUCCAGGGAAAGGUGGCAGGUGCUAUUCGAGUGGAAGCCCCCUCCUCUCUGCUGGGGUACGAGAGGACCAGAGAGAGUGCUGGGAGGGGGGCAGCCAAUGCUACAUACCUCUCCGUCUUCAUCACUGUUGAGCCUCCUCUUGCCCCUCCAGAACUAUUGAAGGAAAAGUUUGAGACCCUGGAGGAUGACGAACUGUUGAACCAAGCUGAGCUUCUCCAGGCCCACGUCUCGGCAAAGUUCCCCACACGUCAGAUCACGCCCACAGUGAUUGACAUGAAUGGCAGCUCCGUCUUUGUCACCAGGUACUUCAGGGCCCUGGCGCCGCCGCCCGUCUUGAUUGAAGGGAGUGACCAGACUCAGAUUUGUGAGAGGAUAGCUCGGUUUGUAUCUCUCAUCCCGUCCAUCUCCGACAGUGUCCUGUUCCCAGGAGUCUGUAACAUCUGGAGUACAUGUCAGCAAUUCAUGCAGAUGUUGCAGGGUGAUGAGGAGGAGCAUGCCGUCCUCCUGGUCAACUACUUCCUCCAUCUCAACAAACGGGCGUGGCUGAUCCUGGGGAGGGCGAUCCCCGAGGGCCCCACUGCCUACGCCCUCUCGGAGGAAGGGGACGGCCAGUACUGGAUAUGGAACCCUUCCACCGGCGAGCAUUACAAGGCUACUGAUAGCUUCUGCCCUCUCAAGGCUGUCGACUGCCUCAUCAAUCAAGACAAUAUCUGGGCAAAUAUCCAGAUUCAAGAAGAGACAAGUCGACUCAAUUUUGAUGUUGGAAAGUCGACGGCUUGGAAACCUCUCUUCACCAGUAGCUUCCCCAAUCCGGGUCUCUCAAGCAUGCAGGAGGAAACGCUACGUUAUGAACAGACUGUACUGGACGAUGUGGUGGAUUUACAGAACAAGAUCGAGAAGAAGCUACGUAACUGCAUCAUGGACUGGAGGCCGCGCCACAUCACCCGCUGGAACCGUCAUGUGAUCCACACGUUCAGAGAGAUCCUCAAGAAGCUGGAGAAGUCACCUGACCUGCUUGACAACGACAACCCCACCCUCAAGACCAUCCUGGAAUCUUACAACCUGUGUGGCUUCCCUCUCCACAUGUCGUACACUGACGUCAAGACCAUUGUGGACAAAGUUCAAAGUACGGGAGUCCACAAGAACGAGUCGAAUAAUGUUGAGUUUGCGCUUGCCGUCCACAUCCACCCCUACCCCAAUCACAUCCUGUCUGUAUGGAUCUACCUAGCGUCUGUUACAAGAAGGAGAUGAUCGUAAUGUAGCGUACAAGUUCUUUAAGUGGGACUGCACUACUUGUAGCUAUUUGCGCUGUCUACGUAGCAAACAAUGUCCAAGCGGAACGCGUUGGUCCCCCAUGAUCCCCUUUUUCUUAUGUUAAUUGACAGCUGAUUUGAUUAGAUAACCACCUACCAGUGACCAUGCAGGGAGGUCUAAUCCCUCCUGGCCAAAUUAGUGCAGACAUGCUUUAACACUUGCUGGACAACAAUUGCUCCAGUCAGAUUAUCAUACAGUGGAACCUUGUUAAAGUGAACACUUUUAUAAUAAACUGUCAUUAUUACAAAAUCUUGGUAUUUCCCUGGUCUGAAGGGAAUUUGUUAAUUAUUAUGAGGUUCUAGCGUACUAACCAAAUGUCUAUGCUCAACAAAGUAGAGUUUGCGCUUAUUCAAAUCUAGCCUUAUUCUAUCUGUAUGGAUCUAUCCGCCUUCAGUUACAAGAAAAAGAUGAUCGUGAUGGAACUUCUUGGUUAUACGACAAAUGCUCUUGUGACAGUAGCUCAGUGAUUGGGACUAGUAUAUACGAUAGAACAGUGUUAUAAAGAACACCAAAUAGCCAACUUUCAUUACGACACAGUAAUUUUGCUGGUCCCACUUUUUGUAUUCUACACUUAUAGUUUUUGAUCGAGCCCUGCUAUAUAUUUGAUUGUGAAAAGACUUCAAUUAUACAAGGUAUCAUCCCUGGUCUUGGCAAUUUUAAGUUAAGAUUCCACUCCAUUAUUUAAAUUCCAAACUUUAACUGUAAACCUACACUGAAAUAAAGAAGCAUACUCCUAAUCUAACCUAAACCCCAACUGUAACCUGACCUGUAUAUCAUUGACAAAGUCUUUGACAAAAGAUCACUUUUGCAAUCGAGUUUGCAGGUACUAGGUGAGCCUGUAUUAUCCCAAGGUGUCCUUGAAGCAAAAAUAUGUCUUUUGCCCGAGAUCUUCAAGGCAUCAGUCUUAACCGAUUAUUCUAUAAAAGGGUAGAAUUAUUAUGAAGCUAUUAUGACAAUGAAAUAAAGAAUUAGAACUUGUUCAGUUUAUUGUUGCAUCAGAUUGGAUUAUCCAUUUAUGCAAUUUGUAUGAAUUUCCCUCCAUCAUCAAUGAGAAUUUGCGAGUGUAAGAAUUAUAAUCUUUCAGUAAGAAAGAAUCUUAAGUGAGAAAGUGUACUUUGAGAUCAUUCUAUUAAAACUUUUACUCACAGCAACGAAGGUCGUUCAUGGACAUAUGUAUUCAUAAGUGCAGAUAAUUUGUAUGUAUAUUUAUAGCAUGUACAUGUGUGUAUUGUACAAACCAUUUGAUUAAUUUAUGAAUAAAUUGUAAUAAUGAACUUUA